AGCUAAAACAAAAACAUGGGCACCAUCUCUUUCUGUGCUUCCCUUCUGCUUGCAACCCUAUUUCUACAUUUGUGUUUUCAACAAGAGGUUGAAGCCCAGCCAGGCCCCUUUAUAAACAACCGACUUAGAAAUGCCUUCAAUGUGAUCCAAGCUUUCAAACGCAGAAUCCAAUCCGACCCCAAAAACUACACAGGAACAUGGGUGGGUAACAACGUCUGCAAAUAUAAGGGCUUCACCUGCGCAGUUGUCCCUGACCUGAAGAAGUUAGCGGUCAUUGGAGUCAGCUUCAAUGGAGCUUUGUUUGGCGGCUUUAACAACAGGCUGCCUCUCAAUGGCUUCAUUGACAGGUUGGAGGACUUGGUGUUCUUCCAUGCGAACUCCAACAACUUCACGGGCACCGUCCCUAGAGGCACUGCCAGGCACAGAUUCUUCUAUGAGCUUGAUCUCAGCAACAACAAGCUAACUGGAGGCUUCCCAAAUGAAACUCUUGGGGCCACAAACUUGACCUUCUUGGACCUCCGGUUCAACUCGUUCAACGCCACGGUUCCACCAAAAGUGUUUAACCUAGAUGUUGACCUCCUCUUCCUCAACAACAACAAUUUCCAGCAGCGACUUCCAGCCAAUCUUGGCUCCACACCUGCCCAUUAUCUCACCUUUGCCAACAACAAGUUCGUUGGUUCAAUCCCAAGAAGCAUUCGCCAAGCUAGGAACACCCUUUAUGAGGUUCUCUUCCUAGGGAACCGGCUUUCAGGGUGUCUACCGUACGAAAUUGGGUUCCUGAAACAGGCAACCGUGUUUGAUGUGAGCUCCAACAUCUUAACAGGCCCAAUACCAAACUCCUUUGCUUGCCUGGGGAAGCUGGAGUAUCUGAGCUUGGCCAGUAACCAGUUCUAUGGGAGGGUACCUGAGGCUGUGUGCAGGUUGCGUAAUCUAGAGAGAUUUUCCGCGGCAAACAACUAUUUCAGUCGGAUAGGACCAACUUGUAGGGCAUUGAUCACGAAGAAGAUUCUUGAUGUCAGAGGGAACUGCAUUCCGGGGCUUCCAAAUCAAAAGACAGCUGCUCAAUGUGCUGCCUUCUUCUCUAUACCCAGAACUUGUCCCAGACUGAGAACGUUGAGGAUAAUUCCUUGUAGAAGAUCACUUUGGUCAUCUAAAUAUCAGUGGCUAUACAGAUGCAGAUUGGGCAGGGAAUGUCACUGAUAGACGAUCAACUUCAGGGUACUUCACAUUUGUUGGUGGUAACUUGGUUACUUGGAGAAGCAAGAAACAGAAUGUUGUUGCUUUGUCUAGUGCAGAAGCCGAAUUCAGAGGCAUGACCAAAGGAAUUUGCGAACUCCUUUGGUUAAAGAAAUUGCUUACAGAGAUUGGAUAUGCACCUACAUUAGGAAUGCAUCUACAGUGUGAUAACAAGGCUUCAAUAUCCAUUGCACACAAUCCAGUCCAACAUGAUCGUACUAAACAUGUUGAAGUGGAUCGGCACUUCAUUAAAGAAAAACUUGACAAUAAAGAAAUUCAGCUUCCGUUUGUCAGGUCCGAAGACCAGCUGGCCGAUAUUUUGACAAAAGCAGUUUCUAGCAGGGUAUUCCACAACUCACUGGUCAAGUUGGGCAUUGGUGAUAUCUAUGCACCAACUUGAGGGGGAGUGUUAGCAAUAUUGGCUUCUUGUGUGAUUGUCCUUUGUGGAACACAAAGACAUGAAACACAAGACACCCCUUGUCUCAUGGCACUUGUCUCAUUCCUUGUUUUAGGGAAUACUUUUCUUGAGCAAUGUAAUCCUUGUUUUAGGGAAUGUUUCA